GUAACGUUAGGGAUGGGUUGGGUGUUCUGUUCGGGUUCUCAAUCUGUUCCAGUUCAGGGACAGUAUUUAUCAAGCCUCUCAGGGUAGGAGUAAGUAAGAGUGGACUAAUCAGUGAUCAUGACCGGGUCCCCUUGACUGUCUAAUCACCAUAGACAGACUUGCAGGAGCUGCUUUAGUCUUGAGACGCUUGGUAAAUGCAUGCACAGUUGUUCCAAGUUCAAUGUUGUUGUUUGUCUACUUGUUAAAAGAUGUGUAUAGUGAGGUUACUGGGGUAUAGGUGACUCUGAUUGGACAUCCUUGAUUCUUGAGUGCCAUCAUUCCAUGUUAUUCAUAAUACGUCCUAUAAAAAUCCCUCUAUUACAGCAUGAACACAUUCUGUUAUUGUGUUUGUUGUAAUAAUGUCAUUGCCAUUAACCAUUGCCAAACUUGCCCCAGCAACCUAACUAGACUGUUACUCAAAUCAGUGGCAUCUGUUAGAACCACUGCUCAAAUAUGAUACAUUAAAGCUCAACCACACUCAAAUCUUUGUCAAUGUUUGUAAAAAUUUCUCUCCACAUACUUUUGUACAGAUAGUGCUUCGGGAUUCGGACCCUGUCAUCCUAACAUCAAAUCGGUGCUCAUGUGUAGCUGGCACUGCAAUGUGUAACCACACAGUUGCUUUGCUGUUUCAAACUGCACACUAUUCAGAGUUGAACAUGCAGGUUGUGCCACCUGUCCACACCUGCACUGAGACAGAGCAGCAAUGGCAUAAGCCCAGAACAGCGGGAGUGAAACCUGGGCCAAUAAACAAAACGGUCAUCAGCAGACCAAGACUCAACCGGCUCACGGAAGGAGGAGUCAGGAGUACACUCUACAAGGGCUUGGUUGGGGACCCACUAGACAUCUCUUUGCUACUGAUUGGAGACAUGUACAAAGACUUCAGCAUUAGAGAGAAACCUCUAGCAGCAACUAUGGGCAUCAGUGACGAGAAGACCCUUGUUGAGACAGCUUUUGGCUUAGCACAAAGGGGGAGUGUGCUCUCAUACCAGCAACCUGUAUUGCCCACAAAGUCAGUCAAGAUGCACCAGGAUCCUCCACCUUACCCACCGCUGCCUAUUGGGGAGUACAAGCUUGCCCCGACAGACUGUGUGCAUGUGUGCACUGAGGAGGAGCACUUCCACCUUAAAAGCCUGAAUGUCACACUGGACAUGGCCUAUAAGAUUGAGGCAGCGACAAGAGAGCAGGCAGCAGACCAGGAGUGGCAUCAGCUCCGCAGGCCUAGGAUCACCUCCUCACGUUUUAGAGAGGUGUGUUUUGUGAGGGGAGUGAGCUCUGCAGAGUCUCUUGCAGAAAGAAUCCUCAAAGGAACAAGGCAGACUGCAGAAAUGAGAAGAGGUGCAGACAUGGAGUUUGAGGUGGCAAGGGAGUACUGCCAGAUGAAAAAUGUCAACUACACACCCUGUGGCCUCGUCAUCCACCCAGAUGCUCCUUGGCUUGGUGCCUCGCCAGAUGGCUUGAUUUUUGAUCCAUUCGCACAGCCACCGUUUGGACUGGUUGAGAUAAAGUGCCCUAAUGUGAAGAACUAUGUGGACUGUAAAUACCUUCAAAUGCAGGAUGGCACUUUGGCUCUUCGUAAAAGCCACUCUUACUACUGGCAGGUGCAGGGUCAACUGUUGAUCACUGGCCUGCAAUGGUGUGACUUUGUGAUUUGUGCUCAGGAAGACAUGCUGGUGCAGCGUAUCCAGGUUGACCCAGAGGUAAAAGCAGUCAUCAGAGAGAGGGUGGACCAGUUUUAUUUUAACGUGUACAUGCAGAAGUACUUGUCUGUCUCCAAAAGAGCUUACUGAUCGAUGCAGGAUAAUUCAGGUGGGGGCCUUUUUUAUGAAGAAAAAUGAAAUUACCUACUAUAAACUUUUGUUAUUGUGUGAAGCAGGAGUAAAUAACAUGUCAUGCCUUUCAGCUGAAUUUGGAAAAUGUAUUGGCUUAUUUCACUAUUGUAUUGUUCUAUUACAAAACCUAUUCACCUGUUA